GGCUGGAUGGUCUUCAAAGUGGGGUGGGUGGUGAAGCUAUAGCCGUCGCGACGUCACAAUUGUCCGCGGUGAUGGCCGAGUCUGGCCGUGAGGAAAGCGGUUGGAACGGCACGGGUCAUGGAAUCCGAGGUUCGGGCUCGAGCCCGGCCUCAAGCCGCCACGAGAAGAGUCUCGGGCUCCUUACCACACGAUUCGUGUCGUUGCUGCAGGAGGCCAAGGACGGUGUGCUGGACCUCAAGCAGGCUGCUGACACACUUGCAGUGAGACAGAAAAGAAGAAUCUAUGAUAUCACCAAUGUAUUGGAAGGAAUUGGAUUAAUCGAAAAGAAAUCAAAAAAUAGUAUCCAGUGGAAGGGUGUUGGUCCAGGAUGCAACACUAAAGAAAUCCUAGAUCGAUUGAGGUACCUAAAGGCAGAGAUUGAAGAACUGGAAAUGAAGGAGAAAGAACUUGAUCAACAGAAGAUAUGGCUACAGCAAAGUAUUGAAAAUAUAACUGACAAUACACACAAUAAUAGAUAUCCUUUCUAGUUACAGAAAAUAGUG